AUGCCUGGCGGAAAGGGAAAGUCGAUCGGUGGAAAGGGUGGAAAGGGUGAUGCGGCGGGCAAGGCCCAGAAGUCUCACAGUGCGAAGGCUGGUCUGCAGUUCCCCUGUGGCCGUGUCAAGCGCUUUUUGAAGAACAACACCCAGAACAAGAUGCGUGUUGGUGCUAAGGCUGCCGUCUACGUCACUGCUGUUCUCGAGUACCUGACUGCCGAAGUUCUUGAACUGGCUGGCAACGCUGCCAAGGACCUCAAGGUCAAGCGCAUUACCCCUCGCCACCUUCAACUGGCUAUCCGUGGUGAUGAAGAGCUGGAUACCCUUAUCCGUGCCACCAUCGCCUUUGGUGGUGUUCUGCCCCGCAUCAACCGUGCGCUGCUCCUGAAAGUUGAGAACAAGAAGAAGGGUGGCAAGGCCGAGCUCUAA